CUUCCUCCGGUGAGCUUGACAGCUGUUAGCAGGCAGGGUCGAUUCAAAGAGAGCGAGGGACUGUCUGUGGAGCAUCCCACUGGGUGCACGGCGUGUCAUGGACGCAGUGAAGGAGGGUCACAAGAGCCCCCUGAGCUCGGGAAAAAUGGUGGCUCUGGCUGCGGGGCUCUCCGUCGGGGCCACAUUGGGCUACAUCGUCUAUCGCCAUAUAAGCAGCACCAACAAUAGUCCGGGCCCCAACACUGAGGUGUCCAAGAUGACACUUCCAGUAGAAGUUUAUAGGAACAUAUCAAGAUACCAAGCUAAGUUUCUGGACAUGGUUACUCAGAAGUCUGGAGCUCAUGUGAGGGUUCUGUCAGAUUCAGGGGAGCCUGGCAGCAAGACGUCCGUAUGUUUCCUGCUGCAGGGCUCUAAGGAGCAGGUCUUGCUGGCCCACUGUGUCCUGGAGAACCUGGUCACUGACUGUGAACCAGUGACCGAGGCUUUGGAGGUUCCUCAGACCGCCUUUGGACGUAUAAUAGGUCGUGGUGGAGAGAGUUUGAAACUGAUCACCAGGACCACAGGGGCCAGAGUGGCUUGUUCUAAAGAGAAGACUCAUGGUCCUGGGGCCAAGGGCAGCGUGACAAUCACUGGGACCAGACAGGAGGUGGAACAAGCCAAAGAGCUGAUUCUAGAAAAAGUCAAAGAGGACAUGAUGGUGAGGACGAAGAUCUCACAGUCAUCUGCCCUGCGUCAGAAACGUGGCCACACUGCAGUUAAUCAGAAGCCAGACAGCACAGAGACUGAAGCACCCUUGGGCCUGAACAACAACGGCCCCCACCCCCAGACAGAAAAGAACGGGCUCAUCCAUGCCAACGGGACCACACGAGAACCAGAAACUAUUUUUGACAAGAUCGAGGAUCUGAAAAUCACCAUCACAGACAACACCAAGGAGGAGGAGGAGGAGGAGAGCGUCUCCAUAGACUCUCUCUCUGAAAUCUCCAAGUUUGAAAUUCCCAGCCCAGACCUGAGCUUCCAGCCUGAUGAACAUCUAGAGGUCUAUGUUUCUGCAUCGGAGAACCCAAACCACUUCUGGAUCCAGAUCCUGGGGGUUCGCUCCCUUCAGCUGGACAAACUGACAGAGGAGAUGAAACGCUUCUACAACAGUUGCAACCCCACUGAGCACAGGGUGGAGACUAUCGUGGUGGGGGACAUUGUGGCUGCUCCCUACAAAGACCACGGCACAUGGAACAGGGCCAGGGUGCUGGGUGUCCUGGCCUCUGGACUGGUGGACCUUUACUACGUUGACUUUGGGGACAACGGGGAGCUACCCAGAGACAGCCUCUGUCGUAUGAGGAGCGACUUCCUCAGCCUGCCAUUCCAAGCUAUUGAGUGCAACUUAGCAGGAGUGAGGCCAAAAGGAGAGGUGUGGACUGAGGAGGCCCUGGAUCAGUUUGAGCAGCUGACAUAUUGUGCCUGCUGGAGACCCCUGCAGGCCAAACUCUGCAGCUACUCUCACUCUGAGAUCUCCUCCUGGCCCAGUGUCAAGCUCUAUGACAACAGCGAGGGCAAGACUGUAGAUAUCGGUGAUGAGCUCAUACGGCUGGGCCAUGCGGUCAGCUUCCAGGAGGCAGUGAAUGGGAGGACUGAGGGGGACAAUCUGGGCUGUCUCCAGAGGAUGCUGAAUGACGUGAUAGGAGCAUCAUCAGAGCUGAGUCUCUCCUGUAUCAGCUUAUCAGAAGCUGCUUCAAUCUCAGGAAGCGUUGACGAUGUCAUAGAAGAUGAUCUGCUCUGAGACCAAAGACGUACAUACAUAUCAAGCACUGACUGUCCACUCCUCAGAGAAGGAGACGUUUCCUCGUCUGACCCAAACUCAACCGCAUAAAUCCUCAUCGUGACGCCUUACCGACAGUUCUUUCCGCCAUAUUCACUUACUUGUUCGGUACGAUUCAUAUGUUUUGCCUUCAUGCUGUUCUGUUGCACCAAAUGCUGCUUUGCUCAUGUGUGUCGUUACUAUAUUUUGUGUUGAAGAAAUUAAGUGAGGAACAAAAACAGAAAGCCAGUAUUAUUUUUGAAAAGCACUGUGAUGAGUUACUGGAAUUAGAAGGCAGCUGGUCAGCUAAUACUGUCUAUUUUUUUCUCUACUUGUAUGUAUAUUAAGAUUUAUUGGCCUGAAUAUUAGGCUUCACAAGUUAUUAUAUUUUGGAAAAGAAACCAUACAGUAUUAUUGAAUGUGGUCCGCAAAUUGUGUUCAGUAUAAAAACGUGGCAUCUACUGUAUCAUUAACUAUGGACAGAGAAAAGUUGUAGUUUGUCUUCAGAGGUGUAGUAGACUGCACUAUAUAUAAUAAAGGAUUUAUUUUAUGUCA